AUGGCAUUCCUGAUAGCGAUAAAAGAUCAUUCAAAAAUUCAAGCAGAAGAGGAACGUAAGCGCCAAUUUGAUCUAGAGGAAUCUUCAAAGUGGAGGAUGUUAGGAAAAUCAACAGGGUGGUGUCCGCAACCAAAUUCUUCAGAUCAUUUUAAUGAUGUAGACUCUUCAUCCACGCUACCAGGUGGUUAUGAUCCACAAGUUUCGUCAAAUAGCUCCUUUUACGAGCCACCAAAAUUUGAAUACAUACCUUCAUCGCCCUCAAACAGACUAUCAACAUCUUCAAUUGCAAGGGAUUUACAUUCAUUAAGGUAUCCAUUAACGCGCAACGUCGAUUUCCCAGAUGUGAACGAAGAAAGUAACUUGGAAGAUGAGCGAAGCGAGAUUUCAAUGAAUGUCGAUGAUUACACAACUUACCCUAAUCUUACGCGCAAAAGAUCGAUGGACGAGUUCUCUCAGAGAGAUGAAAGCGAUUUAAUAAGCUUUGAAGACAGACACAAACGUCGGCGAGCUACUUCUUUAUCUACAGAUGCAUCAAACACUCCAAUGAGUGAAGGUUCAUACGAAAAUGAAUCUUUGAGGAGAUCUGCAUCGCCUCAAAAUGAUAUUAGAGGACGUAAACGUAGCCUUGACGACUCUUCAGAUAUCGUCAGUGUAAACACAAGGUCGAAGAAGCUUCCAAAAAACAGCGAUGAAUGGACUGAUCUCACUGGAACGACAUACAAGUACGAUGAUGGAGUCAAAAAGCGUCUUACCGUGGUGAAGGAGUGGAGAUCCAAAUACAAUAUGCCUAAAGAUUCCCAGCAUCCAGAUCGCAACGUAAAGUUGAGAGUAUUUGUUGAGAGAUGGAUCACAGAUGAUGAAUACCAGGAUGCUCUAAAUAGAUAUGAGCUCGCUUGGCAGCCAGAUGAAGAUGAGUUGAUAUCUAUAGAUAAUAAGGACGCGCAUGAUGAGAACAUGUCGCAGUUGUCAGAGAGUUAUCAACCGCAAGUAUCUCGAAAGUCAUCUGGUGUGUAUUAUACUAGAAGAACUCCAAUUAAAAGGCAGGUUUCGAAUAGAUCAUUGGUUACGCCCUCCGUGUCGUCUGUUACAUCUUCACCCCCUAACUCAAGUGAUGGAAAGCAACAGGCUAACAGUAGAUUGCGUUUAAACAGAAAAAACAAUUCAGAAUUAAAUUUAUCAAAGUCCACUCAACGGAAAGACAAGGAGAGGGAGGCAGAUAUGUUGACUAGUAUACGCAAAAUGAAAGCAGCAAAUCAGGAAAGCGAGGUGAAGAGAGACGAGGCUGCUAAAAUGGAACAAAUGAAAAAGGACGAGACUCAGCGUAGAGAGGAAGAAGGAUUGAAGCAAAAAGAAGAAGCGAAAAAGCAGGAAAAGCAGAAGGAGGAUCGUAAAGCUAGAGCAAGUGGCCAGCCCGGACCGGUAUCCUUCAACUUCGGUGAUCAAAUGACAUGCGCUGAUAAGAGCAUAAGUCAAACAAGUAAAUCUACAAGUAAUGAUGAUAAAAAGGAUACAAAAACCACAUUGCCAUCCUUCAAUUUUGGUGCAUCCUCAGCUGAGAACGAUAAACCAGCAUCAUCAUUGAGCCAGCCACCACAAGCACAAGCAGGAGGCUUUAGCUUUAAUUUUGGCAAGUGA